AUGAAAGAAACUUACAUAGAAUUAGCCUAUCAAAUUGGAAAAAGUUGGGAAACACUUUCGAAGUUUGUACAAAGAUCCAUUAAUGCUAUAUCAAAUUUACUUGCAACUCUUGAACUACAUUUUGCCAAUGAUAUCAUUUGUAACCAAACUUCAGAGGAAACUCUUCAAUCGAGCAAAUUUAUUGUAAUAAAUGACCUUUUAACUAGAAUCAAAAAUUUGUCUGUGGAAUUAAGUAGCUAUGUUAAACAGUUUUUCAAAGAACACCUUUCAAAUCUUGAUAAAACAAUAAAGUGGAUAAAUGAUGAAUAUUCAACUUUUAGCCAUUAUAAUUCUGAUAAAGAUGCCCAAGUAGCUAGCAUGAAACGAGUCCAAGUGUUACAUAACUCUUUAAAACUUUGCACUUUAAUUAAAUCCAAUUACAACUUUGUUUUGAAUUUUACUUCUAUAAUUACAGCAAACAUUGAUGAUUAUGUUCAACAAAAACUCAUCAGGCCAACAACAAGUUAUUCAAAAGACUCUUCAAAUUGUAUUGAUAAGAAAGUUCUUGAAGAAAUUUCCAAGAUUACAAGCUUUAAUUGCUACAAUUGCCAACCCGAAUUAAUAUCAAUCUCAAAUUAUUUAGAAAAAAAUUGA